AUGCAUAGCGUCGUCACCCCAUGUCCUUUUCACAGCUGGGGACUUGAUAUCAUUGGGCCAAUAAACCCAACCUCGUCCUUGCGUCACAAGUAUAUCAUCACCGCAACCGAGUAUUCUACCAAAUGGGUUGAAGCUAUACCACUCCGAGACAACUCGGGAGCAACAAUUGUCGCGUUCAUCAAAGAGCACAUCAUAUGUCGAUUCGGGGCACCUAUGAUCAUAUGCUCAGAUAAUGGUACCCCUUUUGUUAAUCAAACUGUCAUAGAUCUGUUGGAUCAAUACGGGAUCAAGUUCCACACCUCGAUUGUCUACUACUCGCAGUGGAAUGGACAGGCAGAAGCUACCAACAAAACAUUGUUAAGAAUAUUAAGCCGAAUGGUAUAUCAUCAUCACAGGAGCUGGCACGAACAGCUACCGCUUGCAAUCUGGGCGUAUCGUAUCUCCAAAAGAAGUUCCACAGGCGCGUCCCCUUAUUCUCUGGUGUAUGGAGAAGAUGCGAUACUACCAGCAGAAAUUGCCAUACCAUCCGCGCGUGUGGCCAUGGAUAGUCUCACUACUCCGGAUGAUGUCAGUCGAUUUGCACACCUGGACACCUUAGAAGAGUGGCGAGCCAAGGUUGAGCGAUUCACGGAUAAGUAUAGAUAG